AUGGGGGCGAAUCGCAGCAUCUGGAAUGAUCUCACAGUUUCCAGUAAAAGGAAAGGCUCGCAGAGCAGAAGAGAACUAGAAGGUGCACAUAAAUUAGCCACCAUUAUUUACAAACGGAUAGAGUUCAAGAUUUUACAGCUGUCGAAUGCUUUGACAAAUACUCUCAAGUCUUUGUAUUUUGUGCUUCCAUAUGUAAGAGAAGGAAAGAUAACAUAUGUUGAGGAUAUAGCCCAAGGACUUGAGAAUGGACCUUCUGCUUUGAUCGGACUCUUCCAUGGUAAGAAUGUCGGGAACAACUUGUUGAAGUUGCUCGCGAGUGAGAUUUAA